UUUAUUAUCUAUAAUGGGUAUGAUGUAUACGUGUAUGUGAGUAUAUAUAGGUUAAGUCUUACUCUCUUUGCACAACAUCUUUAUGGUCUCACUUUCUCUCCCUCACUCACGCAUACUCUCUACUUUCUCACACACUCUCGUUAGAGUUUUAUUUGUUUUUUCUUGACUAAAGGUUUCUCUCUCGUUAAAUUUUGUUAUCAUGAAAGACACCAAGAAGAAGACUCCAUGCAGCAAGAAGCUUGGAGGAUAUUUGAGAGAGCAAAAGGGACGGCUGUACAUCAUCAGAAGAUGCGUGGUCAUGCUCAUUUGUUGGAGUGACUAAAAAUUUGCGGCUCCUCUACAUAUACACAUCAGUACUAGAUAGCAUAUUGUGCUCGCAAUAUCUAUUUUUAUUGUACUACUGAUUUAUGAUUGAAGAGAGGGGUUGGAUCUUUGUGGCUAUAAGCGAUGCGAGAUGAGUUCACGAGAUGGAGUUCCUUUUAUCUCCGAGGUGUUGCUCCAAUAUAAGUUUAGAUAAUAGUUUUUUUUUCUUGAAUUAGCUAGCAUGGAAAUGAAUAAUUAAUUAGAUCAUCUUUUUAUAUUAGUGUAUGAUAUAAAGUAAGGAGAGAAAACAUGAGCACAGUUUGUCAAUGCAUAUAGAUAUUUUCUAGGGAAAUAUAUUUUCUCUCGCUGACUCUCUUCCAAGUCUUCAUUAUUGUUUUGAUAUUUAACAAUAAUAAUAAUCAUAAAAUAAUAAUAAUCAAAGAUGCCAAUUACUACUA